AGACUGGCAAACAAACCUUUGUCUCACAUCCUUCACAUGUCCACAUGCAAUCCACUUACACACUCAUCACUACCCAAUUAUCAAACUAAAACUUUUGUGGCACUUCACCCCACAUUGAUCCCUCUCAAUCAUUCCCAUUUCAUUAUAUCAUCAAUCACUCCCAACACUAACUAAUCCCCUCCCCCCAUUAAAUCAUUACCACCAAUGGCUUUUCCCUACUUCCUCAUCACUACUCUUUUCCUAUCCCUCACACUCUCAAUAUUCCCUUCCCACCAAACAAGCCCCACCAUCUCCGCCGCGCCGGCCGUCCUGCCGCUCCCUCCCGACACGCCGCUGUCGCCGGAUAUCGCGCCCCUCCUCCCGUCCCCCGGAGGCUCCUCGGGCACCCCGGGAUCUUCCAUGCCGACCAUACCCUCCACCCGGAGCCAGAACCCGGACAUGCUCGACCCAGUCGGCCCCGACACCGCCCUCGCCCCGUUCGGCUCGCUCCCGGAGUCCUCCGCCGUCAAGAUUCCGAUCAAAGGGCUUGGGAGUGGAUUUUUUUUUGCUUUUUUAGUGGUGUUCAUGAUAUGAUAAAUGCUUGUUUUUGGUGAUGAAUAUUCUCUAGCUAAAUUUUACUCAUAAAAGUUGUAUUUGAUUCUUCAUAGUAUAUAUCAAUUGUUAUGUUAUUAUUUAUUUCA